AUGGCUGGGAGGCCUUCAAUCUCGAACAUCUUGAAGGGGACUGUGCAGGAAUGCGACAGCGACGAGUCGGAUCAAGCCUUGCGAGUCCUGCCAUACAUAUGCCACGCGGACAAUGUCACACUUUGUGACCACUGUAUUUUUACGACGACGCUCAUGUCCUUAGACUCGAUAUCCCACACAACGCCGGCGUCCAGCUGGCACUCGAUACGGCCAUGGGCACCUAGUUUGGCCUUGGCAGUCCGGGAGGUUACCUCGGUCUCAGCUACUUUUAUUCUGUCUUCAAAUCUGGCCGGCCAAGACAUCGAUCACUCCCUAGCGUCCCUUGCUCUCGAAGCUGCAGGUGAGAACGACGAGGAGACGCCAAGUGGAGUAACCGGGGAAUGCAAACCGUCGUCUGUCAUCGCCGAUGCGCUUUCAAAAGGGCUCUCGGUCAGCGUCAACGGAUCCGCAUGGCCACGCGCCUUCAUCCGGAUCGACGACGAACUCGACGAGGCCGUGAUCAUCAUCUAUGCGCUCAUGCCUGGACGGCAGUACGACAUCGAGCUGGGCCUCGCGCACGGUGGGCAGCUGCGGCGGCAGGUGACCACUGAAGAACACUCGGACGAGAUCCACUCGGAUCCAGAGUCCCCCACAAUGGAGUCGUCCUCAGACCCCCAUUCCACACCCUCGACGUCACCCAGCCGCACGGUACCGGGCACGCCACCAACAGCCACACCCCAGAUCACCCUCGAGGACCGCCUGAAUCAGCUACAGCACACCCUCUCUGUUGUCAACCAAGAGAGAGAGACCCUCCUUACCUCGCUCAAGUCUGCCCGGAGAGAUGCUCAAAAAGCCGAUGCAGCGCUCCGGUCUGAGAUUGAUGCACUGAAGCGCACCUCAGAAAAGAAUUCAGCAGCUGAAUUGCGAGGCAAGCAGAAGGUGCUUGCGCUUCAAGAAGCGGUGAAGCGGGCGCAGAACGCCACGAAGGAGACGGAGGAGAUGGCACUUGAGGUCGAGAACGAGGUUCCGGAGCUGACAAAGCGAAAGGAAGAGAAGGAGGCGGAGCAUGCGAGGACGAAGGCGCAGGCGGACAAGGUGAGGAAAGAGCGGUUUAGCCUGGAGGAGAAGGAGCGGAAGAAAAUGGAAGCCAUGAGGGCCGAGCUCACAGGCUUGACGAACAAGCUGGAGAGAUUAGGUGGAAAGCACGAGAAGCUGGAGAAAACAGUGAUCCCGGACCUCGAGGAGAAGCUGAGAAGCGUUGAGCAGGAAAUCGAGCAAGAGGAAGAGGCGCUCGCCAGCCUCGAGAUGGAGGAACAGCGUGAGCGGGAUCAUCCCGUCCCUUUCCAUCGUCUUCGGCACCAUAGCGGGCCUGGUCCUAUCGAGAGACCCAGCACCAUCCAACGACCCAAUGGCGACCUUGCUCAGUCAGCCUCAAGUCAACUCUGGACCCCCAACCAUCCACACCGACAAGCGCACCCGCACCCGCACCCGCAUCAUGGACAAUCGCACAAUCCCAAAUCGCAUUCAUUCCACCACCACCCACCCACACUCCUGAUCAACCCUCACCGGCGCGCGUCGCUCAAAACGAACAGCUCGUCCAACUCAUCCGGCUCUAAUUUAUCUGCCAGCAUCUCUGCCCCCGCCGUUCCGUCUAUAGCAACCACUUCGUCGCACUCGUCUCCUGGGUCCACGUCCUUGACUUCCUCACCCUCUCCCACUCGCACGAGCCCGGUACAUGGCGCGGCUAUGUCAGCAACAUCUACCCUGUCCAGUCGAGCGCCGGCCUUCGAGCCGUCGCGGUCGAUUAAGACCGGGAUGAACGGGCAUAGCCACAGUGUCCCAGUUCCGAUCCAGCGGCCUUCCGCCUCGCAGGCCGUUGGCUCUGGACGCCCAAAUGUUGGCCGGAGUGGGUCGGUUGGACAUGAGCUUGCAUACGGUGGGAGGGGCAUGGGCACUAAGUGA